AUGGAGCAGCUGAUCACGGAGGAGAAAACCAGCCUUGAACUCUCGCUGCAACAAACCACCGCAGAGCUGCAGACCGUACAGCAGACACUGAGGACUUUGGAGAAACGUGCUGAAGAGGACAGGCGAAGAAAGGACUCCAUCAUUAAAGAUGCUGAACAUUAUAUUAAGAAGCUGGAGACCAAAAUGCAGGACCAGGAGAUGCACCUGAAGAAAGAAAUGGAAGAGGAGAUGAGCAAAUUUACGGCUCAGAAGGCUGAAACAGAAAAGCUGAAGGAGCAGUGUGCUGAAGAUGACGGGCGACGGAAGGACUCCAUCCUGACAGAUGCUGGCCUUUAUAUUGAUGAGCUGAAGACCAAAAUGCAGGACCAGGAGAUGCACCUGAGGAAAGAAAUGGAAGAGCGGGGCCUGGAGCUCAGCCAGGCCACUGCCAGAGCUCCGUGGAUGCCGUAA